AUGACAAAACGGAAAUAUUAUGUGGUUGUCAAAGGAAGAAAAUGUGGGAUUUUUAAUACAUGGUCGGAAUGUGAAAGCCAAGUCAAAGGAUAUUCGGGAGCAAAAUACAAAUCAUUUGCAACUAUGGAAAUGGCCGAGAAGUAUUUAAAGCAGGAGGGAGAAAGUAGCAAUGUAAUUACAACCAACCAAAGUAAUCCAAAUAAUUCGUCAGCAAACAUAAAUGAAUCAGAAAUAUUUGAUCAAUCGUCAUUGAAACGAAAAAAGGACGAAUUCAAUCAAGAAAUUAAUAGCGAGAGCCAAACAAAAACCAGCACUGAAUCACAGAUGGAGCCAGAGAUAAAAAAGGUCAAGCUCAACAAUCCAAAAUAUAAACAAAUUUACACAGACGGCUGCUGUUUCGGAAAUGGCUUGGCAAAUAGUGUUGCUGGAGUUGGGGUAUGGUUUGGUGAAGAUGAUCCUCUAAAUUACAGUGGAAGACUUGAAGGAACCCUUCAGUCAAAUCAGAGAGCUGAGAUUAAAGCAUGUUCAAUAGCUCUUAAGAGACUGCCGCAAGAAUUUCAAUUUGUAGAGCUACUGACAGAUUCUAAUUAUGUAAUUAAGGCUAUGACUGCAUGGAGAUUUGUUUGGGAGAAGAAUAAUUGGAAAACAAAAGACAACAAGGAUAUUCAAAAUUUAGAUUUAUUCUUAGAGCUGGUUAAUGAAAUCAACAAAAGAACAAAAGUGAAAUUUACAUAUGUGCAAGGUCAUUCAAAUGUUCACGGAAACGAGAUGGCCGAUAUUCUGGCGAAACGAGGUGCCACGAUGUAA